GAGUAGACAUCUCCAUCAUCUUGAGACGGGAUCUCUAGGUACCCCCCCCCCCCCCCCUCCCCCCUUCUAUCUUCCUUCCGCUUGGCUUGCCCCGCCCAUGGCUACGGCGAUGGCAGGAGAAUUUCCAUCGCUGUGGAAGCGGGAGGGGCUUGAAGAGUCUUUUCGACAGCUGAGUGGGCGAGAGGUCGCGGGUGGUGGGGGACCACUUCCCGUUGGCUGGUUGGUCGGUGUCGCCGGGGAGAAGGAGGGGAGGCAAUACCUAACCAUUCUUAGCGCCAUUCGCUGCUGCCAUUUCGUCGAUAACGAGGACGGCGGCAGCUAUGGUGCAAGGGUGGAUGUGGCCAAGGAGAGAGAAGAAUUGAGCAUUCUUCUGCCUAGGGGCUUGUCAGUGAUCGGCGCGUUCUUUCGAUCGGAAGCAGAUGACGGAGACAGGUUGGCAAAGGACGUUGCUUUCCUAAAGAGGAAAGUUGUAGAGGUGAGAGACGGGUCAGCAGCGGCGGCGGCGGGUGCUGAGCUGGACUACAUCGUGAUUGGCCACGUGAUAGGUGUCGGGGACGAUGUGCGUUAUUAUUACUUGCGACGUCAUCAGCCGAACAACGAAGUCGGGAUCGGGGGAGCGGAGAAGGUGGCGGCGGCGGCAGCAGCUCUGCAGGAGUCGGAGGUGCGGAUGCUGCCAGGUGGAUUGGCGGCGGCGGCGGAAUGGUUAUGGAAGGACUGGGCAUUGGUUCGAUGCGAAAUGACAAUGAACUUUCCUGUCUAUUUCACCGUUCCCGUCGAUCUGAAAGAAUACAGAAAAAACGUGUCCCGUGCUAUCGAUGAGAUGGCGGCGCAGGUCCGAACCGGAGCCCGAACCGUGUUCACACUGGAAAGCGGUUCGGCUUCUGGUUCGGCGCAAUCGACGGUGGCGGGAGCGGGAGGAGAUCGACAGCAGGGGGGCGGGAAAGCAGCGCAACAACGGCGGCAAAACGUGCACAACCAGAAGCAGCAAUCAGCGAUAGCGAAGAAGAAGAAGCCUAUGAUGAUGGUAAUACGCCCCUGGGUGGGGGCGGCUUUAGAGGGGAGAGAGAGAGGAGUAGGAGGAGGAGGAGGUGAAGAUGAUUUGUCGAAGGAGAAGGGGAACGCAAAACGGAAAUCUUCUCGGAGUUGUCCAGACGGUGGCAAUGAUGUGGAGGAGGAGGAGGAGGAGGAGGCUGAGGAUGAGGAGGUGGUGGUAGAUAGUCAGGAUUUCGUCCCGACGGUGGGGGGAAUCCGUGUUCCUCGGCCGAUGACGCUGAAAGUGUGGGUGGAUCCCAACGCUGAUGACAGUGCGCAAAGCGCGCCGAUGAUGAUUGAGUACCUUCCCGCGAAGGGGAAGGUGGGUGUGAAGAGGAUCAAUCUCAGAGUGGAUGUGAUUUGUUGCGUGCCCAGAGGCACGAAGUUGGUGCAAUCUGUGGUUCAAUCGGUUGUUCCCGCUCUUCUGGACCAAUUUAGCAAUGCCGAGAGAAUGGCGGCGGUGGCGGCGGGAUCGGGAUCGGGAUCGGGAUUAGCAGAAGAAGAGGGAGAAGGAGGAGAGAAGUACUAUGUGGUGAGCAAAGAGGAGGUAAAGAUCGCAGCCUUCCAUUUCUGUCCGCCUGGGUUCCCUCAUCCGAUCACUGUUGUGUACUCUCUCUCGCGUGGAGAAGCAGAGAUGUCCGCUGUCAAUGUGCGCAAAGCUCUUCAUGCCCGAUUAGGUCUGCCAAUCCGUCCGCUUCUGAGGGUAGCAAAUGCGCUGUCCUUCUCUCCGGAGGUCGUUGUCGAGAUAGCCUCCUCCUCCUCCUCCGCCGCCGCCUCCUCCUGCGGAAGGCUGAGAGAUGUCCACGUGGGCUUGCCCCCCUCCGGCAUCCCCGGAGGCCAAUCAAGCAUCAUCGACGGCUCGUACGAGUACUACCAUUACAUGCAAGAUCGAACGGACGACAAGGGGUGGGGCUGCGCCUACAGAUCCCUACAGACGAUCAUCUCUUGGUUCCGUCUUCAGCAAUACACCUCUGUCCCCGUCCCUUCUCAUCGGAAGAUUCAGGGAACUCUCGUCGACAUCGGCGACAAAGAAGCAUCCUUUGUGGGGUCCACGCAAUGGAUAGGCGCGAUCGAGCUGAGCUAUGUGCUAGAUCAGCUGCUAGGUGUCACGUGCAAGAUCCUGACCGUCUCUUCGGGGGCCGAUAUGCCUACAAAAGGGCGGGAACUUGCGCGGCAUUUCCAGACUCAAGGGACCCCUGUCAUGAUUGGCGGCGGCGUGCUCGCCUACACGUUGUUGGGCGUUGAUUACAACGAGACGACGGGAGAGUGCGCGUUCCUCAUCUUGGAUCCCCACUACACUGGCGCCGAAGAUUUGAAGUCCAUCCAGAAGGGAAAGUGGUGUGCUUGGAAGAAGACGACCACGGAAACCGGAGGGGACUUCUUUGUCCGAUCAGCUUUCUAUAACUUGUUAUUGCCUCAAAGACCGGUCGAGGUGUGAAAGCCAUGUGGCGUGUCAUCUCCCCCCUUGUUGUAUUGAUUUUUUUUUUAUUUUAUUUUUUUUGAAAGGCGUGUCAUCUCCCCCCUUGCUGUAUUGCUUUUUUUUUUUUU